AUGGUCCCAGAUGACAUCUUUCAGUACAUGGGGGUCGCCUGGUUACUUCAUCACUUUAAUUGGACAUGGAUAGGCCUCUUUGCUGUGGAUGAUGAGAAUGGGGAUAGGUUUUUGCAGUUACUGAUGCCCCUACUUUACCAGAAUAUAAUCUGUUUUGACUUCACAGUAAGAAUCCCAAAGCAGACGGAUACAGAUGAUUUGUUAGAAAGGAUGUCAGAAUUCCUUGACAAAUAUCCAGUUCUUGUGAAUAGCAAAGCCAAUGUAUAUGUUGCGUAUGGAACUCCUACAAGCAUGCAUUCCUUGAGAAUGCUGGUAUUUGAAGCGGAAAGAGCGUCAUCGCUUUUUCCAGGUAAAGUGUGGAUUACUACAUUUCAAUGGAUUUUUCAGUCAGUGUUCCCAGAAAGGAUUUGGGAUACCCAAGUCUUUCAUGGGGCCGUUUCCUUCACAAUUCACUCCAAUAACCCACCAAGAUUCACGAAAUUCCUCCAAACAAUAAACCCUUCCUGGGCAAAAGGUGAUGGUUUUAUUCAGGACUUCUGGGAGGAGGCAUUUGACUGUACAUUAGAACAUGCUGAUGAACAUGAGCACGAACCCUGCACUGGGAAAGAGAAUCUGGAAAGUCUUCCUGGGACUCUAUUUGAAAUGAGCAUGUCUGGCCAGAGCUAUAACAUCUACAAUGCGGUUCAUGCUGUGGCACGUGCCGUGCAUGCCAUGUACAUCUUGAGAGCUAAACCCAGAAAACAGAUGGAAGGAUGGAGGAUGGAAUCCUGGAAUGUGCAGCCAUGGCAGGUCCACCACUUUCUAAGGAGCAUCCAGUUCAAUAACAGUGCCGGAGAAAUGGUGCGGUUUAAUGAAUAUAAAGAAUUAGUUACUGUUUUUGAUGUAACCAACUGGGUAACUUUUCCAAAUAGCUCUUUCACAAGAGUCAAGGUGGGAAGACUGGAUCCCUGGGCUCCUCCAGGCCAAGAGUUAACCCUUUGUGCUGAUCAAAUUGUAUGGCACACAAGCUUUAACCAGGUGCAGCCCAUUUCUGUGUGCAAUGACCACUGCCAUCCAGGAAACAGCAAGAAAAAGAUCGAGGGGGAGAAAUUUUGCUGCUAUGAUUGUGACCUGUGCCCAGCAGGGAUGAUUGCUGAGCAGAAAGACAUGGAUGCCUGUGUCAAAUGCCCAGAUGGCAAUCAUCCCAACAACAAGCAAAAUGAAUGCAUUCCCAGCAUUAUAAGCUAUCUCUCCUACAAAGAACCACUGGGCAUUGUCCUAGCUACAUUGGCUAUUUCUUUCUCUCUGGUCACAGCUUUGGUGCUUGCAACUUUUAUGAAGUACCAGGACACCCCCAUCGUCAAAGCCAACAACCUGAGCCUCACUUAUAUUCUCCUUACCUCUCUCCUGCUUUGUUUCCUCUGCUCCUUAACCUUUAUUGGGAAGCCUGGAAAGGUGACCUGUCUUCUCCGACAAACCGCUUUUGGCAUCAUCUUCUCUGUGGCCCUUUCCUCUGUGCUGGCCAAAACCAUUGUUGUGGUCGUGGCCUUCAUGGCUACCAAGCCAACAUCAAGGAUGAGGAAAUGGGUGGGGAAAAGAAUGGCCAGUUUCAUUGUCUUUUUUUGUUCCUUUCUUCAGUCAAGUAUUUGUGGUCUUUGGCUAAGUACCUCCCCUCCAUUCCCUGAUAAAGACAUGCACUCAAUCUACGGGCAAAUCAUACUGGAAUGUAACGAGGGCUCCGCUACCAUGUUUUACAUGGUCCUGGGCUAUAUGGGAUUCCUGGCCAUCGUCACCUUCACAGUGGCUUUCCCAGCCAGGAAGUUGCCUGACAGCUUCAAUGAAGCCAAGUUUAUCUCCUUCAGCAUGCUGGUUUUUUGCAGCGUUUGGCUGUCCUUUGUUCCAACUUACUUGAGCACUAGAGGGAAAGACAUGGUGGCAGUGGAGAUCUUCUCCAUCUUAGCCUCUGGGGCUGGUUUGCUGGGGUGUAUAUUUUCUCCAAAAUGCUAUGUUAUUGUGCUGAGGCCUGAACUGAACAACAAGAAGCAGCUGCUUAGGGUCAAUACAUAA